GUGCGGUGUCAGAGGCAAACGCUGUGGUGGUGACUGGCAAUAUGCAUUCGUAAAUACUUUCGUAUGUUUUGCAUUAGUUGACUGACUCGAUGUUGGGCUGUAUUCGUGCGUCUAAAAGUAUACGGGAAUCGUUUGCAGCAGUCAAAAAGCAGAGUUUCGGUUAAGUUGAACGGAGACGGACUUUCGAUUUUUGUCUCUUGUUUAGGAACUUUUUUAACUCUUAAAUAUAAGAAACUUUUGUAUCAUUCCGUACGAUAUUUUAAAGCAGUGAUUUCAAUUUGCUAAAAUGUAUUUUGUAGCGAGAUUAUGAUGAUUUUUUAUAUGUGAAAUCACUUAAGCAUUGUAAAAAAGUGAAAAGUCCCCUUCCAAUUUCAUCACAACACUUGAGCAUCGAUUGAGAUAAAAUUGAUUAGUUAUUUGCUAAAAACUCUAGCAAUAUGUCACUAGCCAGCGCUGCAGGUAUUUUGCUAAAGCCACAGACUCCACUACAGCAACUGCUUGAGGAUAUAAAUUUUCAACGUACAAAGGAAAUGCGACAAUUGCUCAAAGAUGACAGUGGUUUUGUGGUCCUCCAAGGUACUACAUAUUGGACAGAUUUGUUUGUACGCCAUUUCUUGUUUCAAACUGAACCCGUACAUAGCAUCGAUUCAGAUGAUUUACUUUUCUUUGUUCGCAAAAAACACGUGAAAAGUUCCUCCCGACAUAUGCCAAAAUAUGAGACAGAAGUUGAUGUGUUUCGGAAGGACUCCAGAAAACUUCCGAUUGGUGAUCCGGAUGUCGAUUGGGAGGAAACUGUCUAUCUCAAUAUGGUUAUACAUCAAUUCGAUUAUACACUCACAUUAGCAAUUUGUACGCGCACAUCGCCAAAGGAAUUACAGGUGUUGAGACGCCACUCACAACGCGUAUACGCUAGUCCAAGUCGUCGGAAAAUGGACACUAAAGGUGAAGGCGAGGAGAUAACAUACCCACAUAUUUGCUUUAUGGUAGAUAAUUUCGAUGAGGUUUUCAGCGACAUCUUAGUGCGUGACGGUGAAAUGGUUUGUGUGGAAUUGGUGGCCAACGACAAAGAUGGUUCUGUGCAGGGUGUAAUAUUUCUUGGUUCAAUACGCUAUGAUGCCCUCAAAAAAGUGUACGAUGCGAGGCAAUCAAGCCUCAGCUCUAAAGUUGCGCAACGCAUGUCUUUUGGCCUAUUUAGCAGUGGUGCGGGUGUGCAAACACGCUGUGAAUUCGUUCGAAUGAAGGGUCCACAGGGUAAAGGCCAUGCCGAAAUGGCUGUUACAAAGCCGAAAGGCUCAGGCGUGGAGACACCAACAAGUGAACCAGGAUUUUGUGCAACAGAUAUGUGGGACGAGUGGGAGGAGGAAAAUGAUGACUACUGCACUUAUCGUCAUCAGCGGCGCCUAAGUGAUCCCAGCGCUAAUUUAAAUAAUUUCUCUAGGUACGCUUGGCGUACAAAAGGCGCACCUGAUGCAGUCGGUGGUACAGCGGGCGCUAAGGCGCGUUCUGAAAACGAAGGACUCGAUUCGCUGGCAAAUGAGGUGUCAGAGAUUGAAGCUGGCGAUUUACGUGAUGAUCUGCGUCCUGCUUUCUCGGCAUCCGAGGCAAAACUCCAUCUCAAUCCGAAUUGUGAAGCAGCUAACGCGGCUGUGGUUAAGCUUCCGAUUUCACCUGAAAACGAAGUAAAACUUAGCGCUCAGCAGCAAGCGGCAGAUGUUGUAGACGGCAGUGUGCACGUGGCUGAAGCUGUGGAAGCCACUGCGGCAACGAUCACCUCGCCAACCUCCAAUACGAGCACAACGGGUUGCAGCAACUGUUUCGGCGGCAAAAAGUGCAAACGUUGGGUGGGUGCGUCAAGCGAUAAGAACACGCCUCAAAUGUCGGAAGUGUAUUGUCCGACAUGCGACGAUGCGGCCAACGAGACUCCAGCUUGUCUCAGCAAAAUGCCCGACAAAAAGUCAAAGCCAAAACACAGAACCAUAUUAAGUGUGGAAAGCGAACUGAUUGUGACCAAGCGAGGAAGUCUCCGGUUGACCGCCGGGGGUGGAGAGAAGAAAGGUGUGGUACGUAGCGCCUCUCUUAGUGCAGCUGAUCGUAAGGUAAAGCGCACAGCUAUUCCAGCUCAAAAGAAAGAAAAGGAAAAGGAAAAAGAAAAGGACAAGCAUAAGGUUAGAGAGAAAGAUAAGGAUAAGAGCAAAGCUUCUACUUUACUUGCUAAGGUUUCCCCCAAACGAAUCAAGUCUAAAACGGGCGCUGCCGCUUCAACAAAAACCAAGAACAAUAAUGGCCAAAAAGAUACAAAGGAAACUCAGUUGCCAAAAGAAAGCAACAGUAAUAACAACAGGACAGAAAAACAAGAAGCCACAUCGUUGAAAGCCGAAGAAUAUGAAAUAGCCGACGACGCAACUUCAUUGAAUGGCACAACAGUUGAGCCGAGCGAGGCUAAAAUGGCCAUACUAAGCGAGAAAGACACAAAGUUGAUGAUAAAUGUGCGCGGCCGUGAGGAACUGCCCGUUGUAGAGCAGCGCUCGCCGCCAAACACAGCCGAGUCAGUUGCUUCCGGCAGUGACGACAGCAACACGACCAGCAGCAACCAAAACAGUCCAUACUGUUUCGAGAAGUGUGUACGUGUACCUGUAAAAUCAGAAUGCCAUCCAUUGCAGCAGCAGUCGAGUCAGAAGACGCCUAGUGCAGCUGCUGCUGCAACUUUUGAUAAUAAGCGAGACAAUAGCAUGUCGUCGACUACUGCGACAACCUCAACGACAACAAAAGCAACUAAAAUCACAGCACUCCAGCUUGAAACGCAGACUGAGACCGUGAACAGUGACUGUAAUGGCAACUGCCACCUGAUAUCGCCACCAGCCACAUCGAGUGCGCAGCGUUCGCCUAUUUCACCUCCGCCAGCGGUGUCGGCUGCGGGCAGCGUCGAAAACGGUAGUGUGAGCGAUGGAGGCGGUGGUGGCGGCGCUGGUAGCGGCAGUGAAAAUGGUCAUACCAAUGCAACUUUACCACGAGCAAAACGCAACAGUGCUCAACACGCAUUCUAUCAUCGUGCUCUGAGUUUGGUGCCAAAGCGUAGGACGCCCGACGGCACGAACAUUUAUUAUUGGUGCGAUUUGCCGCGAAAAGCGCUUAAAGAGUUGGACGACGGCGCUUACAAUCCACUCUGGGCAAGUCGUGGUUUCACGCAAACAUUUCACUUUUGGAAGGAAAAUCGACGUCAACAGUCCACACCGCUCAACGCAUUCCUCACCUAUGUGACACUGCCUUGGUGGAGCAUUGCUAAAGAUCUUCUGGAUCAUCGUGAAACGCCUAUACUAACCUUUUAGUAUUAAAUUAGCCAUUUUUAUUUGCUUACUUCUAUGUAUUUCAAUAUACUUAUUUAAAACAUUAUAUUUA